UUCCCCAAUGAAACAUCACGACCUCUCAAAAGAAACGCCCGUGCCUUACGUCACAAACCCAUAUCACAACACGUGUCGGAAUGUUGUUUCUGUCUGCUUCCAAAACACACGGUUGCUAUAGCGGGUUAAGACACAGGACAACACACACGAUUUCAGACCUUCAACAGAGAGUGAAUACUGACUCGUGCGAAGAUGAAACGAACAUGAUCAGUACCGAUGGCCCAUCCACCAAGUGCGCGGAGACCCGGGACACCGGGAAGAGAGAGAGGACGCCGCCAGAAAUGCUGCACCUCAUGUUCGCGGUCUCCGUGUGGCUGGUGACGGGCACAACCAUAUCCAGCCUCAACAAAUGGAUAUUCACCGUGUACAAUUUCAGAUACCCGCUGCUUCUGUCAGCCCUCCACAUGCUGACGGCGAUAGUGGUGGACUACGGGCUGAUCAAAUGCAGGGUUAUCCGGCACAGGGGCAUCGGCGAGCAGGAUUUAACCGCCAACGCCAAAUUUAAAGUGUUCCUGUUGAGUUUGACAUUCUGUGCCAGUAUCGCGUUUGGAAACGUGGGACUGAAUUAUGUGCAGCUUUCGUUCGCACAAAUGAUCUACACAACAACGCCGCUGUUUACUCUGGCGAUUUCCACGCUGAUCCUCGGAAAGCAGCACCACAUCCUGAAGUACACCGCGAUGAUGCCCAUCUGUCUCGGGGCGUCGUUCAGCAUCAUGGGCGAGGUCCAGUUCGACCAGAUUGGCUGCCUGUUUGUGUUCGCCGCCACCAUGUUAAGAGGCGUAAAAAGCAUUCAACAAAGCAUCUUGCUCCAGGAGGAGAAGAUCAACUCUAUCUUCCUACUGUAUCUGAUGUCAAUCCCCAGCUUCUGCAUCCUGGCCAUAGCCGCUCUGGUUCUGGAGAACUGGGCAGCGAUGCAGUCCCCUCUCCAGUAUGACCGUCACCUCUGGGGUUUCAUCUUGCUCAGCUGUCUGGGUUCAGUGCUCUACAACCUUGCCAGCUGCUGUGUCAUCACCCUAACCUCUGCUGUCACGUUGCACAUCCUGGGAAACCUGAAUGUGGUGGGGAACCUGCUCCUCUCCCAGCUGCUGUUUGGCCACCAGCUGACGGCUCUUAGCUGUGCUGGAGCGGCCCUCACCCUCUCGGGCAUGAUCAUCUACCAGAACUCGGAGAUCAUUGUAGCUUUCUUCGACGCACGUAAGGCCAGGACACCAACCAGUGACAGUAGAGAGGAGAAUGACUCAACUGCUGAACCAGCUCCACAACCUUGUUCAGAAGAAGAAUCAUCUCCAGAAGCGGCUCAAGAGAGGACAGAGGAUCAUGAGAAAACAGACUGAAGAGACUCAACAACGGCUGUGUUCCAAAACCUAGUGAGUUGCAGUGCUGUCUGUAGUCAAACUCUGGACUUUUUUGUGCAUAGAGCACAAAAGGAGUACAAUGAAAGUGAAAGGUGACCACAGAUUUCUCUGGUUCCCAACCACUUUCAUUAGAUGGAAAAAAGCAGCCUGGACCAGAGUUAUUAUAGGUAACUAAAGCAGAAACUAAAACGUUAUUUGAAAAAAAAAAAAAAAAGUUGGAAUAAAAUUAAAAUAUUAAAAAAACUAAACUUUUUUUUAUUUCACAUUUCUUAUUUAAAUUUAAUUUGAUGUACUAAAAUAAAAAAAAAACUACAUCGACAAAUUAAGAAAACUACUAUUUUUGACACAAACAACAAAAUUUAAACUAUAACAUAGCUAUAACUUAAAUAAAAUUAAAGUGCCCUUUUAUGCUUUUUUGGAUUUUGCCAAACUAUGUAAUGUGUUCAGUUAAAUAUCUUUUUGUGUUCUACAGAAGAAAGAUAGCCAUACAGAUUUGACACCUCAUAAAAGUAGUUCAUUUUGUGCGAGCUAUCGUUUUAACGGAAAUUGGCCCUCAUAUUAAGUGACCAAAACUUUGCGUGUCAUACAGUGCUCCUCACUCACAGGAAACUCACCUCAAGUGAUUAUAAAUUAUACUUCAGUGUUAAUGUGAACGUUCGCGUAAGUGUAUAGCCAAAUGCAUGGCCAUUCAAAAAUGAUACCAACAGAGGCGCUCAACGUGCACACUAUAAAGUUUAUACGUAUAAUCUAGCAUACACAUAAAAACUGAAGUAUACUUUGUGUUUAGAAAGAAUUUGAUGUUAGCAUGUUGCUAAGCUAACAAGGCGAUUCUCUAAUAAGCAUAAAAAUACAUAGCGCACAAAUAUUGGAUAAAAUAGUCUAUUAUAAUGAUGAGACAGAACUAUUUUUUGAUCAUUUUCACUACUGACUGAAUUAGGAGUAUAUUUCUAUUAAAUUGUGUUUGAAUAUCGUCAAUUCACUAGGUUUUGGAACCAAACACUAACCGUCAUCCUGCGUUAUCUGGUUGAAUAUGGAGUCAGAAAAGAUGCGAGGUAUCCUGGUCAGCGAUGAUGAAGAUGAUAUUGAAGGUGUAGUUUUUUCCCAGUACCUCCUCACUGUGCCAAUACUUUUAUUUCAGUCAUUCUUCCAAUGGAGACAGUCUUUUUUUUAGCAGAUGCCGACCGCAGCCAUUUGUUUGGAUUUUAUUACCUCUGUUCUGCCAACACGUUCAUACAUUCGUCAAAACUUCUGCAUGAGCACCAGGAAGAUCUCCAAAGUCCUGCCAUAUUCAUUCUGUGACUGUGUCUAUCUAAUGCACUGUGAAAAACAACUGCUCGAUUUGCUUUGACCCUCUUUAUUGGUCAGCACAGCUGUUUUUGGACUUGUUCGCACUUUUUAAAUAUUAGAGAUAGAUGGGCACAAAAAAAGUACAUAGGAAUAAUUUAUUUUUAGAUACUGUAACUCUGCCGUCUUGAUUCUGGUGAUAUGGACGGUACAUUUAAGGCAGCUUUCUGUAGGAUGCCAUGUUUGAACGAGUAUCCUAUGUUCAUCAUCUAGGUUACGUUUACAUGGAGACGAGCAAGACUAUUGGAUCCUCAUUUGGGUUCACUUUUAUUUAGCCUGGUGCACUUUUCUUUUCAGAAAAUUGGUUGGUUACACUUUAUUUUAUGGUGAUGUAGUUAAUAUUACUCAGUCAUUAUUUGAGUACAAUGUAACUACAUGUUACUAAAGAGUUAGGGUUUGGUUUAGGGGUUAGUUACUUGUAAUAAUGCUUAAUACUAGUAUAACUACAUCACCUGAAAAUAAAGUAUUACCAACUGGUUUUAUACCACUGUGUUAUAGAAAAGAUCUAGUAGAAAUAAGCUCAGAUUCCUAAGUCAUAUUUCACCACAAAAUCAUUUACAGAUAUUUUUUUUUUAUUGGCUUCUUACCUCAUUACCGCAAUUCAUCUGAAUGUCUUUAAUUUGAGUUUUAUAAUUGCCAUUAUUCUCAGUGAGGCUUCUUCACUACUGUAAUAUAAAACACAUAUUAUUAUUAUUAUAAUUAUAAAUACUGUACAAUUUUAGCAAUAUAUCAUUUAUUGCGUUACGGAAAUGAUUUUCACACUACAUUAAUGAGAAUUGGGGAUAAAGUGAAAAAAAAUUGAAAUCAGCAUUAAUGUAAUAUAAUAACCUAUAUUACAUUUAUACGAUAAUGUGUAUGCAACUUAAUUUAAUUAAAAUAUAUCAUAAUUAAUGACAUUAAGACUUCAGCAUUGCGCUACUAAGAAUUUACUAAGAAGAGAGGAAAUGUGCUUAUUUUUCAUGAAAAUAAUGUCACAAAUUAAAACAAACACAUGCUUCAUUUUAUUUAUGCAAAAUAUAAUGUCAUAAGAUUUUAUUUUGCUCACAACAGGCUUGGGUGAGAUUCACCCGAAGAAUCAGUUGAGAAAUUGCCGUUUUUUUUUUUUCAUGUGAUAAUAUAAAUGUGACUGUGUCCCAUCAUAGGCAAAUGGGUAUAAACUGGUGCCUCUUAUGUAAUUCCCAGUGCAGAUAAUUAUUAAUAGGUCUCUCUAAGGAGUCUCACUCAUCUUUAGCACACUAUGAUCUCUCAGGAGAAAUCAAAAUCAUAAUGUUGUCCUCCACAAAAGGUUCCCUUGCUCUUGCUCGUUUCCUCCGAGUUGGUGCUCAUCUUUUUUUCACUAGUUUCUUUGAUUUGUUUUGAUUGUUUUUGUGACACCUGCUGGACAGUAUUAUUUUCCCCUCCUAUUUGAAUUGUGUGUUUUGAAGCUGUCAUAAGAAAUUGACACUAACAGAUGUUAUGGACCAUGGUGCAUAGCAAGGUCAUUCCCUCGAAGAGGUUUUGUGCCAUCUGCUGGAUAGAAAGCGGAUUAGCAUUUAUUAUUGUUACUUUAUUUUUUUAUAACUGAAUUGAAGUGCAUUGGAUCUAAAUAUCAGGCAUUUUGCCUGUUUCCCAACAUGACAGGAAUUCAUAGUUGGGGUUUAAUAUAUUCUCUUAAAAACUGACUCGACCCAUUUUGGGUUUUCGAAUUGAGUAACUGGAAAUCUACAAGGAUGUGAAUGUGUCCUAGCAGAUGUUGAGGUGUAGGCAAUCUUAUGGAGAUGAUCGAAUCUAUGAUAAAACAUACGCUAACUCAAGUGUGCCUAUCUGAGGGCUGUUUUCAGAAGGAAACACCAGCCUUUCGAGCUUUAUUUAUUAAGGUCUCAACUGUCCAUCCAUUCUGUAGUGUUUUCACCCAUUACUUUAUUUCUAGUGCACAGCAUCAUAGGAUAAGCAUGGUACUAAGAGACUAAAAGACUGUCUAAGAUAUAUCGGCAUUCGUUUUGACAAAUGUUAAACUUUUUUAGGCUGUUUUAUGUUACUAAGGGUGGCACAAAGGGGCGCUAAUACUAUUAUUCGGUUAUGCUUGUAGGGUUAUCAGUUACCUAUGCCCAUUAAACGAUCUUGCUGAUACAUCAGUCUACAGUUUUUCGAUUUUGCAAUUGGGUAUUUUGUGCAAAGUGUGAAAAUUUAGGAGGCUGUUUGAUUUGAAAAAUUGACUACUAUGUGAGCAAUGCUUCAUAUAUCGACACUUUUGAUAAUGGGCAAUGACCUUCUUUAUCUGCAAAAUUUCACUGAAAUUUCACUAGUAUGACCGCGCCUUAUUAGUGAAAGCGACAGCCUAUUCACAUAAUGCUCAUCCAGUCUCUGUAACACAAGCACAGUGGUUAACUGACCACAUUUGGUCUAAAAAAUGAUCGGCAGAACAGGUUGUCAGUUAAAUACCUCAGAUGUUAUUGUUUUGUUCCUGUGAUGACGUUUUACUGGGUCACUAGUGUACUGGAUGAUGUUUUCAAUGCUGAGAUCGCAUAGAGUGGUUCUGACGGUUUUGAUGUGUCUUUUAUUGGUUGCAAUGCAAAAUUGCACUGACGAUUUGCAUAACUCUGUGGCUCAUGUGUAUAUAUGGUUUCUGAUGUCAGCAAAAUAUCAGAUGUAAAUGCUUAUUUUAUUAUAUUUAUGUAUUUUACAAUCAUGGAAAGCUGGACAAAUACACUGGUUCAAAAACA